AUGAGUGGUGGAGUCCGGUUGGAUCUUGAUCCUACUGCGAAAUUUCCCAAUAAAUAUGGAAUAAGUCGUUAUGAAAAUAAUGAAAUUACAGGAGGAUAUACUUCUUACAAAUAUGAAAAGUCUGGAGAAGGUUCUCAACCAUUUACUCUAUCUGUUCUUUUGUUUGAAGGAAAACCUUUACCUGGAAUAUUAUCAUAUCCUAUCUCGGUUACAUCUGUCGUAACAUUUUAUGAUGAGGGUAAGAAAAAUCUUUUACUUAUAGACAUCCUCAUCAGUGGAACUCACAUUUACUACCUGAAUCCAGAUACAAGUUCUGAACCAGUAAAGGUAACAUUCACAAAAUUUGCGCCUAAAGAUAGCAAAGAAGUUGGGAAUUCAGACUUAACAAAAAUACUCCAAGACAUAAUUCAACACAGUGGAUUUAACAUUAACGAGCUAGGAAAACAAACUAGAAAUGUUGCAAAAAGUUUGCUUGGGGAUAAUGGCAUCAUAUUUGACCUUACUCAGCAGCCUAACAAAAGGAACAUUCCCAAAAGCAAAACAUAUGGUUCUGAACUUAUCAACGCGGAAGUAAUCGUAACAGAUGACGGUAAAAUAAAAGGCAUAUAUCAUAAAGUUCAACAUGUACUCUCGUCUCUUCCCUUUUACAUAAAGGGUAUUAAGCUUCAGAACGGUGCUUAUAUGAAAGUUAAGGGAGGGUUCCCAAACGAUCCACUAACAGGGUUCAUUGUCUAUUAUAAGGAUGGGCACUACGAGGAUGCAUUCUUAGUUACUCUUAAGGUCUCCUUUUCUGGUUUGAAUCUUGUUCCUAGUAGGUAUUAUUUGACAAAAACUAACAAGGAAGGUACCGAACAGUGGGAGAUUAGAAAGGUAGGUUUGCAUCUAGAAGAUCCAGAAAUUCUUGAAGUACUCCGAGAUAUUUCCCUACAUGACGAACUUAAACUUCAAGCUCAUGGAGAUAAAAAAAUUAAGAAAAAACUCUAUGAUAUCAGCAAGGGAUUGCCUAUUGAUCUUACUCUAACUACUGAUAACGCCAUCAAGAUAACUAAAUAUUACGAAUCAGAUGAGGCAAUCAUUCCCUACCAGAAGGAAGGGAAGCGAGAUAAUUAUUGGAUAAUUGAACAUGCUAACAAGAUCCCAAGUUUCUCUGUCAAGAGCAUCAAGAUUUCCAAAAAAGUUUCUAUAAAAACUAACGAUUUACCUCCUGAAGGCACUAUUUUCGAGAAACUAAAUGCAUACUAUGCCGACAAUUCAUACAAAAAUUUGGUACUCAUGGAACUCACUUGUCUUUAUGACACUGAUCAUAAUACUGAGGGAUUAUAUAGAUAUGUCUACUACUACAGCACUCCUGAUAAUGGAAACACUUGGCAAGGCUACCUCCUAAGUACAACCGUUGGUGAAAGCAAUGGUGUUAUGGGAAACGUCAUAAAACAUGUUAUAGAAAGAAGCAGAAUAGACCUAGAUAAUUUAGGUAGUUACCAAAGCAGCCUAGAGAAUAAGCUUGUUGAGUACCCUACAGACUUGAGUCCUAAAGUUACAUUAGAUAUUUCCAAGUCAGACGGUAAUCCAUCAUAUACUCCUGAUGGCAGAAAUAGCACUCCAUUCAAUGUUAAAAUGACCAAAGUUUCUUCUGAAUUUUACCAGUUUACACAUACUGCAAAAGGAAAUGUGAGCUUUAGAGUUAAAAACGUUGUUCAUACCGAAGGAAAAACUCUGAAUGACGUAAGAUCAGACGGUCAUAUCGCUAGUUUAUCAGCCUUUUAUUGGGGAGAGAGUCCUUCCUACGAUCAUCUGUUGCUUAUACAGAUUGGUGAAGAUAACCAGUAUUACACUUGGAGCUCUAGUUACAACUGGGAUAAAACAUCUGGAUCUGAAGAUGUGACCAAAAUUCUGAAUAGACAAAACUGUAUGAGAAGAAAGUACCAUAUUAUAGAUAUAUCCCAGAAAACCAAUCCUUACGAAUGCCCUAGUUGUAAUAAGAAAAUACAAGUAGCGCUUACUGAGGACGUUGUUGGCUAUAAUUAUACAAGGUACGCACACUAUAUUUCUGGCAAUGAAAAUUUCUCAGUAUCCUAUCUUAUUGACGCUGGAACCCGUCAAACAAAUCCUCCACCUGUGAAAAAUGUUAUUAAAGUUUGGGUCUUCUGGUAUCCCAAGAAUGGUAAUCCUAAGCCACUUUUAAUUUUUUAUGAUAAAGAUGUGAAUAUGGACCAUGAAGAAAAAUGGUUCAAGAAAACUAAGGCUAACGAAUGGGAAGAAGUAUUGGACAAGGAUAAAAAACCUAGCUAUGAGAAUGACUAUCCAAGAAUUAGAGAGCUACUAAAGGAAGAACUCGAGAAACUAAAGAAGCUUAGUGAUGAGAGAAAUCAAUUACACAAGAGUAAUGGAUCUGGACUUCCUCCUGCAGUGAGGAAGGGCCUUAAGAUUGGUGGUGGAGUCUCUGGAACAAUAGGGACAGGAAUUGUUGGUUUUGGUACGUGGAAACUAUGGUCUAAAAUAAUGUCAUUUCUAAUCACUCGUCUGUAG